AUGGCCGCUGCUGUAGCUGUUCCCCUCUCUGCCAUCAACGACGAGCAUGGCGGCGUCCUGCCCCCGAGUGCCAUGGUCCAGCACUCGCCCCGCCAUGGCCGGAGCCGGGGGAUGAGCUUCAAGGGCAAGGCAGGUAGGGGACGCCGUUACAGCGUGGUCGAGGACCGGGACGUGACCAUCUCCAAGGCACUUGUCUUUGUCGUCAAACGGGCUGUCCAGAAAGAUGAGGUUGAGGAGGGAGAUGACGGGGAGUAUGUCGUGGCAGAUGCAGAGGGCUGGGUACUCGUUGCAGACGUGUUGGCGCACUCGAGGAUCUCCCCCUUGGGCGUCACACUCGAGGACGUCCAGCGAAUCAUAGCAAGCGCCACCAAACCGCGGCUCGAUCUGCGCCCGAGGCCCGGCGCAGAGGAGAACUCGGACCCCGCGUCCUGGCAGAUCAGCAGUCUUGCCAACCGGGACACCGUCGCCGCCCCCGUACCGGUGGGCGACAGGCUCACCGCAGACAUCGAGGGACUACCGGAAUUCGUGGUCUACGAGACCUCGUAUCAGCGGUACCCGCUCCUGCUGGCCUCGGCCGCAAUCACCCGCGCGCCGGGCGGCAGCGAGUAUCUCUCGUUCCGGCCCGUGACUGUGGGAGACGACGGCGCUAACGAGACUCGCGGAGAUGCUGCCGAGGUCAGCGUGUGGAUCCACCUGCGCUCGGCUCUGCAGGCGGAGCCGGCGCUGGUCUGGCACCGCGCCGAUAAUGGCAUGAUUAUUACUGCGGGUGAGGUUCCGAGGAGUUUGUGGAAGAAGGCGGUGGCGCGUCGACCCGACGUUGGGGUCUUGUUUGAGGAUGGGGAGGUCCGCAAGGAAGUGCCUGGUAAUCUGCGCGGGAAGGGGGCAAAGGGGAAGGGUCGCAAGGGCAAGAUGGCGCUGCAACGUGCAGGGAGCGGUGAUGAUUCAGGCAGCGCCAGUGAGGAAUGA